GAGGCGAUGUCUUCUCGUGGGGUUCAAACAGUCAUGGUCAAUUGGGUCUAGGAAAGGAGGUGUCACGGCAGUGCAUUCCUGACCUGGUGUGCGCUCUGACAGGUGUCUCAGUGACCCAGAUUUCAGCUGGAGCGAACCACACUCUGUUCCUCACACUCCCCGGCCUGGUGUACUGCUGUGGGGCCAAUAAAUCUGGCCAGCUGGGGCUCAACAGGGUGGAUGAAAAGGGCAGGUUCAACAUCUGUAUGGUACCUGCCCUCAGACCUCUGGGUGUCUCCUUCAUUAGCUGUGGAGAGGCUCACUCUGCUGUGUUAACACAGGAAGGCAAGGUUUUCACUUUUGGAGAGGGAAGCCACGGUCAGCUCGGUCACAACUCCUCUGCCAAUGAAGUGAGACCCAGAUUGGUUGACGGUCUGGAUGGACCUGCCUGUCAGAUUUCAUGUGGCAGAUCCUUACACAUCAGUCCCCAUCCCUUCAG